UUUUUAUAGUGUAAAUAAUUCAAAUGUUAACUAAUAGUUAUGUAAAUAAUCAGCAAAGUAAUGUAAAGAAACCAUACCAAUGUUUAGAUUGUGAUUGGUCUUUUUCUACUGCAUACAAACUCAAUCGUCAUAUUAAAAGCCAUACUGGUGUAAAACCUUUUAUUUGUGAUGUUUGUAACAAAGGGUUUUCUAAUAGUUACAACUUAACAGUUCAUCAAAAAAUACAUUUAAGAUAUAUAUGCUCAGAAGCUUCCUGCUUAAAGACAUUUAAAUCUAAUGUUUCUUUAUUAGAGCAUACUCAAAAAGAACAUUCAGCCAAUAGCUUUAAAUGUUUAAAAAAGAGAUGCAAGGGUGUAUUUAAUACCAAAGAAGAGCUUGUUCUUCAUCUUGCCAACCAUGUAUCUGAAAUUAUUUGCACAGAAUGUGGUAAAAUUUUUCAAAAGCCAUAUUUAUUAAAGCAGCAUUUCUUAACCCACACUGGGGAUUCAAAGUUCAAGUGUGGUUAUAAUGGAUGUAACAAAGCAUUUGCAAACAAAACUCGUCUAAAGAGACACGAGUUGAUACAUUUAGAUAAAAGGGAAUUUGUGUGUGAUUUUGAGGGUUGUGAUAUGAAGUUUAAUUAUUUUCAAUAUUUAAAGGCUCAUAAGCGAACCCACGAGUAUAGCAAGCACUUUAAAUGUUCUGAAUUAAAUUGCCAUAAAAGUUUUUCCUGUGCCUGGACUUUAAAAGUACAUAUGCUGAAACAUGCAGGUCAACGGCCAUACCAGUGCGAGUUUCAAAAUUGUAAUAAGUCAUAUCUUACUUUAUCAAAUUUAAAAGUGCACCAAAAAACACAUAACAUGACUAAAAAUAAAAAGUCUUCUGAUUGCUCUUUAACAUUAAAUAAAUUCAAGACAUUUCUUUCUAAAGAUUUUACUGGUACUUUACCAUCGCGUAAUGUUUUAAUAAAUGAAGAGUUUUCAUCUGCAGCUUUUGGUGAAUUUAUAUGUAAUGAGUAUACUGAAUCAAGUGCUACAUAUGCUACCAGUAGUGAGGAAUCACAAAUGGAUAUUUUUUCAGGUUCUAGAGAACAAAAUAUAGUUGCUGAUGUAAAUGGUCAUUGCAAUUCAAUAAAUUGUCAUGACUAUAUACUAAAAGAAUCUGAAAAACAAUCUUUGUUGUUAGAUGACCAUGAAAGUGUUAUUUUUGGUAUUUGGGAACAAAAGGAUGAUUACAUUGAUGUUGGAAACUUGGUUGAAAUGCCAAUGGAACUAAGCUCAGGAAAUAUAUUUAAUGAAAAUUUAAAUGUGUCGUUGUGUGUACCUGAUCAUGUUUAUAGUCAUCGCAACAUUGUUGGAAGUACUGUUAAUUUAGAAGAUAUACGUCCUUAAUAUAUUUACAUUUUUAUGAAUUUUAUAAAAAUAGUUUCUUUUUAUCUUUAUUAGAAUAUAAUUUUAAUAAA